UUUUGCUUGUCUCUCUGUGUAAARACAUUUAACUAUUAGUUAAAAAUGGACAGCGAACCUGGAUUAAAGAAGCUUGAAAACAAUUCAUUAAAAGAACUGACAGAAAUUUUGAUGGAAGACUGGCCCAGAUCUUCCCCUGUUAUUGGUAAGAUAAAACAAAGUCAAAGAAGUGCAGAACAGAUGAUCAGUCUCAACAUCUACGUUGAUUCAUGGCCUCAGCCACAACUGGUUAUCCUAGAAAACUUAACUUACAAAAGGAAUGAUAAAAUCAAAUUGGCACCACUUCUGGUUUAUGCAAGAAAUUCAACAACAAAACAAAUCAAAGACAAAUUUGAUUCUAUUCCACUGCUAAGAAUAUGUUAUGAAGAAGGAUACUCUGAAUUUCAAGAUACCGAAUAUAGAAUCUUAAAAAUUCUUGAAGAUGUUUCAAGUAAACAGGGCUUCCAAGUACAGGUGAUGGCUUGUCCAUUCAUGUAUUCAAUAUGUGACAAAGCCAAAGCCUUAUCAAGUGAGAUUCCCAGUGGCUAUAGAAUCAGUCGUUUAGAGUACCACCAUGCUGACUUUAUUAAUGCAAACUGGAAAUUUGGUAAAAGUCCUCAUAUGCUCCAAAGAAUCAAAUCAUGGAUUCAGCAUUCUUUUUCUGCUGGUGUAUUCUGCUCACAAACUGAUGAACUAGUUGCUUGGGGACUCAUUAGUGAAGCAGGUUGUAUUUCAUCACUACAAACUAAUGAAUCACAUCGCGGGAAAGGUUUGGCCAAGGCUAUCAUAGCAGAGCUUGUCAGGCAAGCUGAGAAAGAAGAGAUGACUCCUAUCGUCUACAUCGAAGAAGGAAAUUCAAUCUCACAAAAUUUGUUUGAAAAGAUUGGCUUCAAGAGGUGUCAAGAUGGACAAGUGCUCUUCUGUACAAUUGUUCCAUAAAAUAAAUUUUAUAUAAAUUUGCUUGAUCAUCUAAUGUCCUUAGAGCACACUGUCUAUCUCUGCCUCAAUAUACACUCAUGAAAUGAAAGAUCAUUUUUCUAAUUAAAUUUUAUCUGUCA